CCUUUCCACCACCACGCACCCGCCAGCCAGCAAGCGUCGCUUGCAUCUCGGGCACGGGCUUUGCGGGCCGAUGUCCUCCCUCUCGCUCCUCUCCGCCACGCUCGGCUGGGCCUACUUCACGCUCUGGUCCCUCUCCUUCUGGCCGCAGACGCUGCUGCUGCUGCGCCGCCGCAACCUCGCCGGCCUCUCGCCCGACUUUGUCCUGCUCAACACCCUCGGCUUUGCAUGCUACAGCGCCGCGACACUGGCGCUCUGGGCCAGCAGCGCGGUGAGGCAGGCGUAUAGAGAGAGACAUGGAGAAUGGCCGGGCACGCAUGCAAAUGAUCCGCAAAUCGCAAUGAACCACCGUCGUCGCUCGACGCGCGGCUUUGCAGUGACCAACGUCGUGCUGGACCUCGGCGGCGGCCUGCUCUCGCUGGCGCAGCUGGCCGUCGACGCGCGGAUUGCGGGCAACUGGAAGGGCGUGCUGGGCGAUCCGGGCAAGAUCGGCCUCUCCCUCCUCACCCUCCUCUUCGACGCCAUCAUCAUGUGGCAACACCACGUGGCAUUUGGAGCCGCCAUUGUGCCUGCCGAGGGCGCACUCAACUAUGCGCGCGGAGAAGCGCCGCAAGAGGAGCGUGCUGAGGACGAGGAGCGGCCGCUGCUUGGAUCGCGAGCCUGAGGGGCCGUCCUUGCCGCUCGAGACGUCUGGCCGCCGCUGCUGCCCGCACUGCUCUGCCAGUCCUGGUCCUUCACUCCGCACCGCGCAAUCUAGAGAUGCCCGCCCCUCGCCCCGCCCCCCUGCUCUGCGCGCGUAGAGCGUAUAUAGAGUGACAUUGGGCCCUGCGUCGGCCCCCUGCGCUGGUCCCGCCUCGCCUACAGCAUGCCCGCGCCAUCGGCGCCCGCGAGGUGUCGCGCCGAGCGGCGCGCGUCGAGGAAGAGGCCGUCGGUCUCUGCGAUGUCGGCGACGGCAAUCUCGCUGCGUCCUGCAAUGCGCGAGAGGAUGCUGGCGGGCGAGAGGAGCUGCAGUGCGUACCUGCCAAGGCGGGGG